AUGAGUGAAGAGAGGGUUGUACGUAGUGCAAGUGGGCUGGAAGAAGAUCCAGAUGGGGUUGGAGAGCAGCAGUCCACUGGGUGUUUCCAGGGUCCAGGCUUGUGUUGUUGUAUUCCUACAAGGCGGAUGGGAGGGAGGCGACCCAAGGAGAGAAAGGGGAAAAAUGCUAAAAAGAACACCGACCUCCCAUCUCUUGAUGAUAUCAUGUUUCGAGAACGACAGCAGAACAGAGAUCGAGACAGUUGGAGCAUGGCGUCUGUAGGAGACCUGGGUGGCUUACAAAUAGCCAACCUCAAACCGGCUCCAAUCCAGUCCCGUGAUGAUAAUUCUCAAGAACCCCACAGACCUGUCCUUUUAAGCGACAUCUUCUUGGAAGAGAAGAAAGGACAGGAGGGCAAAGCAAAUGCAAAUGUACAGACCAGAGAUGGUGAACGGAAAGAGGCGUUAGACGAUUUGAAAAUACCCCCUCUGGAAACGGGACGUACACAUUCAGUAGAAAAGGUAUCGGAGGCGAAGAGCCACCCGGUCGUGUCAGUCAAAGAAAACAGGCAGCCUGGGAAACUUGAUCUAAACGUGUUGAUGAAGGGAGCAGCCUACAAAACAGAAUACAACGAAGGUGGCGACCACAUGAACCUAGCACUGCAAGGCACGCCCUGUAAGAAGGAGAUGGACCAGGGCUACCAUGAUAUGCCACCCGAGCUGCAGAAAUCUAGAGAAUUAGAACUUGACAGCACAUUGACGAUCCAGGAGAAGAUCCUGCUAGACCAAAGCACCAGCAUGGAUUCUGAAGGUGUCACUUCUUUACAGGAAUUGCUCAAUCAAUCCUCUGUAUUGUACAGUGAGGAAGAAAAUCUUUUAGAGCAACAAGAACCUACCAUGGGUGCAGCUCGUAAUAGGGAGAAACAAAUCACCGCGAGCCAAUGGAAUUCUUCGUCUGAGGGAGAGGCAUGCAGAGAGGACCAGAUAUGUCAAAAUGAGGCGCAGAAAUUCAUAGGACUAGAAUACCCAAGUAUUUUAUCCACCGUGUCUGAAAGCUAUGAGGAGGAAGAGGAAGGAGACCAGCAACACCUACAGCCUAUGACAGAAGCUUCCCUCAACAACCUAGAUCACAGUUACAUAAACUUGUUUGAUUGGGAAGACCAGUCUUCUGUUAUAUCACAAGACAUUACUAUUCCCUGUCAGGGUACAUCCUCUGGAAGCAACCAGAAAGACGUACAAGUUGCCAGAAGCUCUGCAUCAAAUAUUGCUUUCAUCAAGGUAGACGACCAUCAGUAUAUACCCUACAACCUUUACCAACAAACCACUGCACCAGAAAGCACCAUAUUGCCCCUGAAUGCAAUCGUUACGGCAAAUCUUCCAAUGUUAGAUAAUAUAAAUUCUUCGCCUGAGGAUGCUGCUAUCCACAUAAUAGAGCAGAAGCACCCAGAGACUCAAGAACAUAUUUUACUGGAACAACUUAACACGUACGAUCAGAGUAAAGGAAAAGAACAGCACUGUGAGGUGGAAGACACACGUUUUGCAUCUAAGGCCACUGAAGAAGAGGAGAAUCAAGAACCGGUUGUUUUGGAAGACUUAAGCAAACUCCUUGGCAAUAUCAGGUUUGAGAACGAACAGCAAAGAAAGCUAGACUGUGGAGAUUCUGGGUCUGAGGGCAUUUACGACAAGGAGGAGCAAGGUUGCCAGGACAACCCUUGCAUUGAAGUACAACAGCCUCUCAUAGUUUCGAAACUCACCUCUUUGCUUUUGAAUAGCUCUGAGGAACCAUGUGAAAAGAAGGACAGCACGAUGGUCAGCAAUCAGGACAUUCAUUGUGUGGAUGAAAGCCCAGAAGAACAGGAUGGACAAUGCACAGUGCACAAUACAGGUGCCUCCUCAGAUGAGAAAGGAACAACGCUAGGACCAGAAGAGGAAUGGCUCACAAUGCCCUUGCUGUCAGAAGAUGACCAAGAAGAUCAAGAGACUCUAGGAUCAAAACAUAUCCCAGAGGGAGUGUCUGUACCUCAUGAGGAGGAGCAGGACAAGGAAGAACUGAAGUUGAACAUGAGCUGUGAGAAACAACAAAGGAAAGAACAGGAAGAUCUGUCACCCACCAUUUUCUCAGGUGAUGCUGUACAAGAUGAGGGACUUAUGUAAGGAAGUCAUUUCUUCUGAGGCAAAAAAUCCUCAAAAUAGCUACUUUUUCCUUGUCUCAAAACUAUUUCUACUGAAAUAUGAAAACUGAAAAGAGAUAGCAUUGCUUUUUUUUUAUUUUAUUUUGUACAAAGGUAUAGUUACAUACAGGGAUAGACAGUAUACUAAGCCAGACUAUAGUUAUUUGUUAAAAGACCUUUGAUUUUGGAGUAAACGUUAAAUAGGACUAGUAACUGAAGUGCUAAGAGAAUAUUGGAUGGAGAACUUUCCACAUUCGGCGUAAAGUCUUUUCUUUACAGAGUGUAGUUAUAUCAAAGAAUACAUGAUUUCGCCUGUAGAAUGAUAAGUGCGUAUUACUUAAUUCUAUUGUGGAAGUCACACAGGUGAAAAUAAAAAUAAAGUUUGAUGACAAAUAUGAUGCUGGAAAGUAGUAGCUUUUCCAGAAAUGGUGUGCAUUAUCAUCAUCAUUGUGUAUGCAUUAUUUUAUUUUUUUUCUUCUUCACUGUGGAGAGAAACCAUAUCAACAGUGAAAGUGUGGAGAAUGGACACAGCCAUCUUUAAUUUUUUCCUAUUAACCACUUGAAGGAGGGAAUGUGAAGACAACGUGCCAGUGGUAUUAAAACAGUACUUCUAGUUGGUGGGUGGAAGGUAGCGGCUAGCAUUUUAUCGCCAGUCCAUUUGGAUGGACUUUUGGGAAGAUCUUCUUUAUCCUUGUAUACAUCAAGUAGAAGCAAUGUAAAAAUUUUCAAUUUUGAAUAUCAUAGGAUGCGUUUAUUGGCGUUGUUUUAGUUAUCAUGGCAGCCAUGUUUGCCAAAAAUAAAUUUCAGACAUCCUUUGCAUCAAAACAAGAUUAAAAAAAAAGAGAAAGAGACCAUGCCAAAAAAUGUAUGUUCAAAUAAGACAUUAAAUCGUGGGGGCCUUUCUUUUCGCAAGCUAUGGCAACGUACAUUUCCUUUCUCGCUUCCCUCCCAUGAACUAUCAUUAAAAUGCAUGGCAUAAAUUUGCUUAUUAAACAGCAUGGAGCAGCUUUU